GGCGGGGGUUUGAAUGUAGAGAGGCUUACUACUGUAUGUAACAUUACAGCGGGUGUAGAAUGGAGAAAAAAAACAACAACAACUAUGUGCUAAAAAAAAUGAAACUUCACUUUGAGAAAACACUCUGGACGUCUGUGCUGGUUUUUUAUGUGUGUCACGUGUGUGUGUGUGUGUGUUUGUUUGUUUUUUUGUCUCUGCAGCUAAAUGUAAUUUUACUUUUGCUUCAACAAAAAUCACUUGUCAUUCCCAGAGACGAGGUCAGGACACACAGACGCGUCUUUAACAUGACAUUUAUCCCAUAAAUCAUGCAUAGGAUGAAUUUGUUUAUUCAAUAAUCAAACAUACCAGUUUAAAAUGAUGAAAGUUAACAGGUAGCAGCAAGUGACGAUAGUGGAUGUAUAUGUAAUGUAAUGAAUGUGUCUCCAUACGUCCAGUCCUUUGUCAGGAGACGUGUCAAGUUUACAUAAUUGGGAGUAGACUUGUUGGACAAAGAAUUGCACACACACACUCACACACACAGAUACAGGCUGAGGUUAAGACAACAUAGACAAGCAUCAGCAUUUUCCAGGGAGUACUCAUUAUUUCUGGCUUGGGGUCUCUAAUGGUAUUUCAUUGUAAUUGCUAUGAUGUCAGAGUGUCCGUCCGCCCUAAUGGCCUUCUAAAAACAAUAACAAGGACAGAUUGGUUCCAUUCACUGCUUAUUUGAGCAGAGACACACACAGGACUCCAGCAGCUCAUAAGAUCUUCAGCAGAAAGGGUAAGUCAUGCAUCUCCACCCUUUGUCCCUCUCUCUCCUCCUCCUCCUGGUUGCCGAGGCAACGGUGAUGUGCGUUGCUGUGACGACCGCCCUCCACGGCUUCCGCGGCUGCGCGGUGCGGGAGUUCACCUUCGUGGCCAAAAAGCCCGGCUGCAAGGGACUGCGCAUCAACACGGAGGCCUGCUGGGGGCGCUGCCACACCUGGGAGAAACCGCUGCCGGAUCCUCCCUACAUCCAGCGGCACCACCGCGUGUGCACGUACAGUCGCACCCGCCACAUGACCGCCCGGCUGCCGGGCUGCCAGCCCAACGUCUCCGCUCUCUACCACUACCCCAUGGCCCUGCACUGCCACUGUGCCAUCUGCUCCACGCAGGACACCGAGUGUGAGACCUUCUGAGGGACAGAGCAGCGCUUACGCGACAUAACCUUUAACCUUUAACCUAUAACCGUCAGAAAGGCUAUGGGCGUCUACUCAUUCUAACAACACUGUCCACAAUAACUUUACACUUUUACUUAAACAAAUAAACGAUGGUGAAAUAAGA